UAAAGGCGCGUGUGGCAGAAGCUGAGCGAAGCAGUGGACAGCGCUCAUCAAUAGAUAAAGAUAAGGCUAUAUAAUACGCUUUGGCUAGUGGAUAUUUACAAUUGUUUUAAAGUAGCCUAACGUGAUACGAGGAUUUUUUUAUUUGGAAGAGAGAGGAUAUUGUUUUUGCGACGGAGUGGCUUCGCGCGUCAAGAUACCUUAUUCACUGGAAUGUUAUCGAGUAAAUUACUUCGAUUUGACUCGUGAAAAAGUGAAAAGCAUGAGCCUUUAUAGCCUACGUAUGCUUUCAAGUUCAUAGCCCACGAAUACCGGUCGCGUUAGACGUUUGUUGUAUUUCACUAGAGCAAAUUUAACCACGGUAUCCAAUUUUGGUAGUAUACUGUAAUAGCUUCUGCCUGUCUGCCAAAAGAUGACGGAAAACAAUGAGAAGGAGAAUGAACCGCAACACCGGGACCUCCAUCGUUGCCGGAGCACUGUGCCUAUUCAGCCCGAAUCAAAGCUGCAGCGACUAAAGCGCUCCUUGUCCUUCAAGUCAGUGAUGCGCAGCAAGAGCGUGGACAACUUCUUCCAGCGCCCCAGCAACGGGGAAGUCCGCCUGCCCUCUGGGAUCAUCCACGAGCCUCCUCUGACCUCCUCGCCACCACCCUUCGGGGAGACGCCCCUGACCUGCGAGCGCUCACCCUCCCUCUCCCCUUCGCUCAGCCCCAACCCCUCGCUUUCGUCCCGCUCGCCCUCCCUCAGUCCCUCCCUCUCCCUGACCUCCAAAGCCCAGCUCCAGGGCCGGCUAGUGAAGACCCACUGUUUCCAGGAGCACGUCUUCCGUCGGCCCACCUGCUGCCAGCAAUGCAAACACGUGAUCCAGGGGAACUCCAAGCAGGGUCUGCGCUGUAAAGCCUGUAAGCUGGGCGCCCACCUCUGGUGCUCCUCUGAGCUGUCCCAACAGCCCUGCACAGGAAAGACGGGGGCCUUUAAACGGAACUUCAGCUCCCCUCUCUUGACUAAUGAUAUGUUAGGGGUGGUCAAGGAAGCUCCACCAUCGCAAGAGUCUGAUAAAGGGGGAGUUGACCCUGUGUAUGAGGCUCUGCGUUAUGGAACGUCGCUGGCACAGAUGAGUCGCUCUAGCUUCGGAAGCAUCACUGAGUCCCCCAUUCAUAAGGUGGAGAGAGUAGGGGAGGGACUGGAAACGCAACCAAUCGUUGAGGAGGAGUUUGUCCCUGAGAACUAUCAUUAUACCCAUCCAUUACACAGAGAAGGCCUUCCAUUGACAAAACUAGCUCUCAAUCCUCCUGAAAGUGAGGCUGAUUCAGAGGACAGGGUCAGUCUGAAGACUCCAAAGCGCAUCGACGUCCACUCUGUACACACCUAUGUGGCUCUGUACAAGUUCAUCCCUCAGGAGAAGAAUGAUCUGGAAUUACAACCUGGCGAUCGAGUGCAAGUAACUGAUGACUCUAAUGAGGACUGGUGGAAGGGGAAAAGCAAAGACAAGCUGGGUUUCUUCCCCGCCAACUUUGUACAGAGAGUGCGCCCAGGUGAGCGUGUGUGGAAGGUCACGGGUGGUUUCCAUGGUGACCGCGACAGAGGGCAGAUGACUGUGAAAGAGUCUCAGAUCUGUGUGGGGAAGAACGAAGAGUUGGACGGUUUCCUAAAGCUGAGCAGUGGGAAGAAGAGAGGUCUAGUCCCUUCCAAGUACCUUCUGGAGAUAUGACUUCCGUCAAAGAAGGGAAUUCUCUGUGUCCCGACCCUCGUUCUGCCCUGAAGACCACCCUCUAUCAGGAGCGCUUCCCUAACACCUCACUGACUGCCAACCCCCUGGAUGUGGAAAUGGACCCUCCCACCAACACCAGAAAACAUAGAGAGGGAGGGAGAAUAUGGUGGACACUGGCCAGGAUCGAAUUGGUUUCACUGCUUUGCUUGGAGUGGUGGAAUAAUUUUGAGAGAAAGGAGGGGGGAGGGCUUCUGUUGAGCUAGCUGCUUUACCUGUGGUGUACCCUCACACUCUUUUACCUGUUCACGCACACAGACACAAACGCACACACACAAACGCACACACACACACACACACACACACACACACACACACACACACACACA